GACACCGGCUGCGCAUCUGGUCGUUGUCCUUUUCGGCGACCCGUCUGCCUGUUUUUAUCUUUUUCGAUUUAGCCUGGUUUGUUGGGCUCCCGGCGAAUUCUUGCGUUCCUUCUGCACUUCGGCAUGCCACGACUGCACUAUUCGGCUAUGGCAAGGUGACGUGUCCGGUGGAGCUUCGUACGGGAAUUACUGCUGCUGACCUGGUGCGACAACGUUGUAGUCUACGACUGGGCUACGGCCGUUAUGACCGGACUACUGCCGCAGCAACCGUGCGUUUUCGCCAGUGUGAACAGCGACGGAAAAGCAAGCUGGAUGCUGUCGCAGCGAGCAGACCGCCCACGGAGCAUGGAACAUCGCUCGUGCUGCCUGCCAUGGACACAGAACCAGAGCGCGAUGAGCCCUCUCCAGUAGGCCCCAUUCUGGAGUCCAAAUCAGGUUGCAAUUCACGCCUGCAGUUAUCGACGGCCUGGUGGAAUCAAGCGGCAUCUGCUGGAGUGACGUCAUCUUCCGAUUCACGUCACAACUGACGCCCGCUGUUACCUGCAUACUCGUGAAGUCAAGCGACAUCUACCGGAGUGACCGUAUCUACCGGAGCGCCUACCAAAGGGGGUGUCCGUGAGCCAGCCCGUCACUUGGCAGCAAGGGUUGCGGCAGCGAGCACGCAACUAAUUCCGUCCCCAUACUUCGUACAGGACUUCUGCAAGAUUAUGGGGGCCAGGGUUGCUUUCAACAUCCCCACAAAGAAGAAGCAGCAAGGAGCAAAAAGGUGAUAGGACGGCUUCGGGGCACGGAAGCACGAUAGCGAAUGGAUCAUCUGAUCUGAAGCUACGACAAGGUAAUCUAGAAAGGCAACUAACCUCCAGGACGAAAAAAGAGGUGUGUAAGCCUUUGGUUCUUCCGCUCAUCGUGCCUCCGUGCCGACUGGAGAGAUACUGUUCGAUGCUUGGUCUUAUCCUUUCCAGACGUGAUGACGUUGACGUCGCAGCUGCGCACUGGCGGAAUUGCAGGUGGCGCCCGAUGCGCACUGUCAGGUCCACGUGAGCUGUUGCCAGCAGGUGUGGGUCCGGAGCAGAGGCGGCAUCACAAAUUCCGUCCAAGGGUGGAAGGUUAUCCCGAAGGCCAACCACCGAUGCGCCGGCCGCGAAGACAACGACGAACUGCAGGACGAUAAAAGAGGCGCUGUUCGACGCAAGAAUGUGGGCGCUUCCUGAUGAAAACAGAAGACAUGUAGGCCUGAAGAUCGAGCACAAAGAUCUGCCCACAUCUUCCUCCGAUGCACAUGUUUGCAGGGCCUACUCUCGAAAUACAAGGAGUGCACAAAGUGUGGAUGAUUCAGCUGUCACGAGAAAUCGCAUGGGCAAACAACUAAAGCAGACAACCUCCGACCUUGAGCCGGAAUCUUUUACACGUAUGAAGGAAUUCACCUACAGCAUGAACCUGGCAGCCUUAAAUGACGUGAAAUUUCGAAGCCCCGCAAGUCAUGACGACCAAUACAUCGACGUUGGUUGUGGACCAGGUAACUUCCUUGCAGAGCACCUGCUACCACGUCUGCAGCCCUUCGCCCGUGUCGUCUCUACCGAUAUAUCCGAGGACAUGAUUCUAUACGCCCAAAGCCACCACAAGGCGCCAAAAGUGUGUUUCGAGGUCUUGGACAUAGAGAACAGAGAUGUUCAAUUCAUCAUCGACAAGUACGGGCUCUUCAAUCGCGUCUUUUCUUUCCUCACUUUUCACUACAUUUGGGACUUGCACAAAGCUUACCACAACAUCAGUCGACUGCUAAAGGAUGGUGGAGAAUGUGUGGUUGCCUACUUUACAAGGACAGGCGUCACGGACGUCUGGCACCGUAUAUACCAAAAAGAAGAGUGGCGUUCUCACAUCCCGGACCUGAGCUCGAUGUUCGCUGGGCGCUACUGCUUCGACGAACCGGUAGACGAAGAGAAGCUGGCUGCCCUGGAGGAAAGCGCCGUCACGGCGGCAGGUCUCGAAUUGGUCACCUGCCGUACUUACUGCAGCCCGUGCACGUUUCCGACCGCUGACAUCUGCCUCGAUGCACACGUGCCGUUCUUCAAGCUGGACGCCAGGGUGCCGGAGGAAAAACGUGCCGCUUUUUGGAAGACUUGGAGAUACGCACUGAAAGAUGCGUCCAACUCCCACACCGGCGGCAUCAGCCUCAAUUACGACGUCCUCGUCGCGCACUCGCAGAAACAUCCAGCUCCUAUUUAGACAACGCAUCUGGAAUCUCCACUAUUUCCUAAAAAUACAAUCUACAGUCAAAGGACAUCACGCAUACUCGAGGGCAAAUUUCGAAAUAUCAGAAGACGAUUGCAAGGCUUCGAGGACAGCAGGUGAAGACCACAAAAAGAAAGUGCAUAAAAACAGCUGUUUAAUGACGGGUGCAGUGGCUUACACA